AUGGCAAGAAUAAAUAGCUUUAAUGCCAUACUAAGGACAAAAGCCUUGAAUUUUAAUGCAAAAAGCCAUCUACAGAGAUAUAAUAAAAAAGCUUCACCAGCAAGACCAGACUCUUUUACAGGGUGCCAUCCUGCCUCAUCCGCCCCAACAGCUUCACAUAAUACAGAAAUAGAUAUGUAUUUAGAUGAUAAUAAAAAGCACAGAGAAACAGCCAUAUGCAUGCAUAAAAAACCCAUGACAUCCCAAAACACCCAAGGCUUUUUCAUAAGGCCAUAUGCACACGUGUUUUUAAUACUUGCAAUAUUGGGUAUGCGUUUAGUAUGUGCAAUACUGGAGCUUGAAGAAGCUUACGAAGUGCAAAAAACAGUAGUACACGAAGACAAUGGAAUACAAUGGGUGGCGAGUAUGAAUGGCCCGCUUAGCCCACUCAUGCUAUGCAUAUACGAUAAAACCGAUUUUAUUUACAAGCAGAGACUUAUUUAUUCAAAUGUAGACACGUAUUUCAUUGUAUCUGAUAAAAAAAACAACAACUGUUUUACAAGAUACCCAAGCAAAGACGUGCCAUAUACGAAAGAUCAAAAUGAAAAUCACAUGAAAAAAGAGACAAUAGACCUCUUUACUGUGCUGAUCAAUCUAUUUCCCUCGCCUAAGAAAAAAACAAGUAUCUUUUCGGAAGAAACUUGUAAGGAUUCUUUUACUCUAUUCUUGAAAAGUGACCCUGUAAAGGACCACGCCCACAUGAUUCUUGCUUCGUUGCUGCUGCUGUCAGAGGGAAUUCAGGUGCCUCUGCUAUUGGAGAAUGUUGAAGAUUCUCAAGGCUCAAAUAAAAAACUAGUACUAAGAAAAGUAGGAUGGAAGCAAAGAAAAGAAGAAAAAGAAGAGCAUUUUUCUCUUAAUAUGUCUGUUGCUUUUCAACAAGAACAAGAAAAAAGUAGUACAAAAUGCAAUCUUUAUCUUGAAAAGCAGACAAAAGCUAUUCAAGUCAUUCAGUUCUUCAUUAGCAAAAGGAGCAAUUCAAUACUUGAAAGUAUUAUAACGUCAAUUGAUCCUGAUAAAAAGAUGGAGUUGUGGACGGAUGGUUUUAUCUACAGUGCAAACUAUCUCAUACGAUCGUACAUAUACUACUAUCUGGAGAGUACAAAAGAGGCUAUCAGCUUCAACCAAACAGUAUACAGAAUGCUGAAAGAGCACAUAGAAGAAGGAAAAAAAAAGAAUUGCGAUGUAGAAGAAGAAAUUGGAAAUAUAAUUUUCAAAAAGUGCUUUGUUCCUCAUGAUAAAAUCUCGAACACUCUCCAUUACUGGGAUAAAAUACAGAAGAUUGAAAGCAUUAUUGCGAACUCAAAGCCAACUCAAAUACUUCCAUUUACAGAUCUUGAAGAGCUUUCUGUUAAAAAAACCGCCAAUAUAAACAUAUGGAACAAUAUGUACUUAACAACAGAGGUAUUUGUGACUGAUAUAGAACACAUAGUGCUUGGCUUGUUCUGCUGCUUUGCAUAUGACAUGCACAGUAAUGUAUACAGAACUGGCCACAUUCCCCAUAUACUAAAAGACGUAGAACAAGUGUUCUCUCUGCCAUUAAACAUUACUGGGUAUAUUUUUAAUAGAGAGCGCGGAAUAAAAGCAAGUACAGCGAAUAGGGAGAUUUUAAAGAAAGACUCAGACCAUAUAGCUCCGGGAAAGAAAAUUUCCAAGAAAAUAUAUCAGGAACGGACUAAAGUAGUUAGAAAACUACUGAUUAAUAAAGAUGGAGACCCCAACCUUGAUAAUAAGAGCAUUAAGGUGGGUGUUUUCAAUAUGCUUACAAUAAUUGCAAGAUUGACAAGAACAUACACAGCAGAGAAAAAAAGAAUAGACUAUUUUAGAAGCAAGAUGAUAGUGAGGGGCCCUUCUUUUUUUAGCCAAUAUUCAUCAGAAUAUAAAAAAGAGCUAGAGGAAUAUAUAGCAGAUUAUUUUGCCUCUCUUUCAAGAGACUGUGUUCCAUGCAGUGGCUUAGCCGGUUGGUAUGAUUAUAAAUAUGCACUUAAAAGAAAAAGACAAAUAUUUGUAAAAUUUAUAUUUCUUGGGCUAAACAGCCCUAACUAUGCAAAUGAUAUAUGUGGAAAGCUAGAGAUCUACUAUGCGUAUGGAAGAGAAGCGCGGCCUAUAAUUAUCAACCUGAUAAACAAAAAAACAGCUUAUCUAGAUAUUGGUUUACCAGUUAUAAAGCUAAAUAAAGAUAAAGAAGAAAAUACCAGAUUGAUGUACCAAAUAAGUAAGAUUCCUAAAGAUACGUUUGUAGAGUACGUCCUUUCUACAUAUAUCAACAGAAAAAAGUCGCAUAUACUAGACCAAUACAUAAUACUUGAUUAUUAUAUACACCAGAGUCUUGAUGGUACAACCACAAUGUUGACUAGUGGGACAAUUCAGCCAGAUCAAUAUCUGAGUGAGUAUCGGUAUGGUAUAUUUAAUCAUUUGGAAAAUAAUAUAUGCCAAUAUGCUGCUUCUGAAGUCUUGAACUACAGCAAUAUACGCUUUCUAUGCAAUGUGCUAAUCGAUAAGCAAACGCUUAAUAUAGAAGAUCAGCUAUUUUUAAUUGGGUGUCUAGCAUGCGUAAAGUCAAAAACAAAAAAUGUACUAGCCCGAAUGAACGAUAUCAGAAAUGACAGGAGAAUGUACAGAGAUGAUAUUUCCACGUCCCGCAUGACAGAAAUUUUAAGUAACAUUAUAGAAACUGGAUCUAUUCUUGAGAUUGCAAAUGUAGUAACAGCGUAUGGACAGACACGCUGGAGCCGUAAAAAUCAGUGUAUAAAUGUUCUAAUGCACGGAUUAACUCCUUUCAAUAGAUAUAAAGUGAUUUUGGCUUUAUAUGAAUACAGCUCUCUUACGUUUAAAAGUCCAAGGACCAAUUAA